CUUCCUGGCCGGCCCAGGCAGCCUCAGGCCCCGCAGCACACUGAACCGUUACCCGCCGAUCAUCACCUCCAGCCGGGACACUCGGAGCUCCUCCGCCCGGUCCGAGAGGAGCUGAGGCCGGAUGAAGAGGCUCAAAUCCCCGCUGUCCUCCGCAGAAGUCCCGGGAGCCGCUGCUGGCGUCGGGGCCGGAGGAGGGUGGAUCCUGAGGCGUGGUUGCCGUGGUGAUGGUGUUGGACUCAGGCGUGGUCUUCAUGGAUCAGGUAGACGGCGUCCGGAGCAGCAGGGAGCUGAAUGAAAGCACCGCCACGCCGAGACCGCCAACCAAGAGGAGCGAUGUCAACAAGAGGGAAAGGUCGUCCCAUAAUGGACUUCCUGUCCAGAGCGAUAGCAGCCAGGCGGUGCCAAGGAGGUCAUCAUUAUCCACAUCAUCAAGGGGCGGGGCCACACCCAGACCGUCGCUCCGCCGCCCCCUCAGCCUGGAGGUGACCCCUCACCUGCGGGGGUGUCGAGAGCAGACGGCGGACAGACGGGUGGUGCAGCCUCCCUGGCGCAGUGGCUCAGCCGCCCCCUCGCCCCCCACCCGUAGCCUGACCAGCCCCAGUCUGGGCGCUGGCGGAUGGAUGCGCCGCAGCGAGAGCACGUGCUCGGUGAAUUACCCCCUGGGGAUGAGAGUGGGGAGAGGGCAGAUGAGACCCGCCACAUCCCUGCCACACAUAGCCAAGGGGACGGGGAGAACCGCUCUACCCACAUCCACCCGGCCCUGUCUGCUGGUGGCGCUGCGACCUCUGAACCUGGAACAGGAGAAGCAGACUUUCUUCAUGUCUGACUACAAGUACGAACCGCAGUUUGAGUACACUCAGCCUGAGCCACGGAGCGUGCUCGAUAAAUACAAGGAAGGAUCCGGACUCUUCCUAGAACAGGCUGUGGGCAUCAUGGAGUGCGUCCUGAGGAAGUAUGGCUCCUAUGAGAACUUUGAGGAUGUGACGGGUGGCAGCGUCCUUCCGAAAAGUCAGAUUUGGGCGGCUGUCCGUAAAUAUCUGCAGAAAGAAGGCUGUGUGGGAGAGCGUGAGCGCUACGGAACGCCGGCGAAUCGAACCGUGGAGCGCUUCGCUCCCUCUCUGGUCUAUCAGAGCAUUUCCACAGCCGGCAGCGGCGCGUGCAGGGCUGCGCGCCGCGGCGUGGCGCUCUAG